AUGCGAAAACCGAUCAUAACAACAAGUCGAGAAUGUAAAUCAUUAACCGAAAUGACGUCAGAACUCAAUCUCAAACAAAUUAUCGAAUCUCCAACCCGCAUCACAGACAUUAGCCAAACUUUGAUUGACGUGAUUUUGGUCAGUUCUAAUACCGCACGUGACAGUGGUGUCCUAAACUGCACUGUCAGUGAUCACCUGCCCGUGUAUGUUACGCUUAAGCUAAAGUCUACCAAACCACCACCCACGCACAUUACAGUUCGCAGCUAUAGGAACUACGACCCCGAAUUAUUUGCCGCUGAUCUCGCAUCUAAAUCUGAACGCCUUCUUUCCGUCUUUUCAGUCAAUGAUAUUAAUGAAAAACUCAAAAUUUUCGAUGACGUACUUCAGACCACCCUCGAUUCUCAUGCCCCAAUAAAGACCCUAAAAGUCAGAGACAGACCGUGCCCUUUUGUGACACCUGAAAUAAAAGAACUGAUGGGCAAGAGAGAACGACUACACGGCCUUUUUCUUAAGACACGAAACCACAGCGAUUGGUGCAACUUCAAAGCAGCUCGUAACGCUGUUAAGACCGAACUCAUUAAAGCACAAAGAAAUCAUGUCUACAAUGAAGUGAUGAAGCAUAAAAACAACACGGGUUCCUUAUGGAAAAUUAUCAAAGAUAAUGUAGCUUACAAAGAAAGAGACGGUCGUCUAUAG